AUGGCACCGCGACCGAGCAAUGUUAGGCGUCGCGAGACGUCCACAGGCGAUUUCCAUGAGCUCGGUGUCAAGGGGCGAAAGACUGGCAUUGAGUUGCCCGACACUGGCGUACGCGACGAACAUGGCAUGCAACCUAUCGACGGUCUCUUCUCCUCGCCGGAGAAAGACAACGGAUCUCCCGACGAAUCGACGGGCGAGCAAGAUAUGGAGCUCGACUCUGACACCGGCGCCGGACCAGCCACGAUUCUUAAGGGGCAUCCGCGACUAAUCCCUCGAGGAACCUCCCCGCGGAAGACAAACCUCGCUUCUCCUGCAGUGCGACACCCUAACUUUGGUGUCUCUUCAUCACCGAUUCGAGGAUCACCUUACCGAGGAUCUCCCGCGCAAUCGCAUUCCCAGCCUGUCCGGGGGGCAUCUGUUUCUCGCCGUCUUGAUUACGGCGCGAAUGGUGUAAACGGCAAGCACACGAAUGGAACAAACGGACGCGCCCUCUCCACCGAACCGGAGGAAGACGAAGGAGCGCCUAUGGACGAAAUCAUCGAGGAGUCCCUGCAAAUGAUUGGUGAGGUGGAAGUUCCGGGGGAUGAGCCGAACGAUGUCACUGAGGAGGUGGAGGAAGAAGCGCCAAAGCAGCCGGCCAAGCGUAAAGGACGCCCACCCAAGGCCAAGGCGCCAGUUGUCGAGGAGCCAGAGGAAGAGCCGGAGAAUGCUGCCGAGUCAGAGGAGGAGCCAGUGGCCCCGAAGGGCAGAAGAGGCCGUCCAGCUAACGGCAAGGGAAAGGCCAAGGCUGACGAGCCCGAGCCCGAGCAGGAACCCGAGCAGGAGGUCAGCGCUCCCAAGCGCAGACGCUCGCGGAAUUCGAACGGCAACGAGGAGGAGCAGGUGGAAGCGGACGAUCGCGCUUCCAAAAGGCAACGUACGGAAACUGCGGCAGCGGCGGCGGCAGCAAAACCUGGCAAGCGUGGGCGGCCCAAGGCCGUUCCUCAAGAGGAGAAGGGCGAGUCGAGCAAAGAUGCUGCGAAGGCUGACCCGAAGCCCAAGCCCAAGGGCAGGCCGGGCCGAAAGCCCCAGACGGAAGCGGCUGCUGGAGACGAUUCAAUUGUUGGUCUGGUCCAAAAGGGGCCGCCCAUGCCCAAGGCCCGUGGCUUGGUCUCACGCAAAGUGCCACAAGAUCCCCAUGCCAUUACAAAAACAAGAUCCGGUCGUCAAUCCUACAGGCCAUUGGCGUACUGGAAGAACGAGCACGUCGAGUACGAUGAAGAAGAGGCUUUCGAAGCCGGCAAGGACAGGUUCUUACUUCCCAGCAUCAAGGAGGUUGUCCGUGUCGAGGAGGAAGAAAAGGAGGCACGCAAGAGAAGGGCGAAGAGCCGGAAAGCUGCAGGAAAGGGAGGCAGAAGGAAGCAGGCCGAAUCCGAGGACGAAGAGGAGCCGGAACCGUGGGAGGUAGACCCGGGCAACAUCGAAGGCGAAAUUGUCGUCUGGCAGCCCGAGCACGAGUUCAAUCCUCCCGCCAUCAACGAACAAGUCGAGAUCGACGAGGACCGCAUUGCCGUUUCUGCUGGCGCCAUUCAAACACGCGACAUCCGCGACGCUACCUUCCGAUUCGCAAAGACGCUUAGCUUGCCUUUCUUCGGCUCGGGCGUCGUCGACCUUCCGCCCGGCGCGGAGAAGCGGCCUAAGAACUCGCGAAAGAUGCAGAUGGUGUUUUUCGUCUUCCAGGGCAAGGUCCUGGUUACCGUCCACGAGACGCAGUUCAGAAUCGGUGCCGGUGGAAUGUGGUUUGUGCCCAGAGGCAACUACUACAGCAUUCACAAUGAUUAUGAGCAACCAGCGCGUAUCUUCUUCGCCCAGGGCUGCGAAGUCAACAGCAGCGCGAUGGCUGGGACACCAGGCCCUUCUCAGGACACGACCAUUAUGGGUUGA